AUGCUGCGUCCGGCUGUGGUUCUGAUCACUCUGUACCAUCUGGGUCGUGCUGCUAACGCCUGUCCCUCCUACAGCGGGCCCACUCUGGACCUGGGCCAGUUUGAAGACCUGCUGUCACAGAUGCAAAAGGAGGUGGAGGAGGCGGACAGCGUGGCUCGCAGCACCAGGGACAGUGGCUACAUCGACAGCUGGGAGUCGGAGCGCAGCGACUCCCUCUCUCCUCCCGCUCACGCCCGCGACGACUCACUCGACAGCCUGGACUCGCUCAGCACUCGCUCCGCACACACGCCGUCCCCUGAUGCCCUGGGGCCCGAUGCACUGGGGUCCGAUGCCCUGGGGCCCCACGUCUGCAGCGAUGGCCCCAGUGACUCAGAGUCGGAUGGGCCUUUCCACAGGAAGAUGCCGGACGUGCGCAAAGACGACAUGCUAGCGCGCCGCACCUCUGUGAGCGAGCCCAAAGCCGCCAUGCCCUUCAACCAGUACCUCCCCAACAAGAGCAACCAGAGCGGCUACCUGCCCCUGCCCCUGCGCAAGAAGAGAGACACCAGCGAGAGCCACCGCACCAGCGAGAGCCACCGCACCAGCGAGAGCCACCGCACCAGCUGGAGUACUGCCACCUCGCCUGUAGGGGGCGACCGGCCGCUCAGUUCUUCAGCUCGUGCCAGCUCCGAGGAACUCUUCACUCGGUCUGGACACUGUCCCUCUAAACUCAGCGACCCGAGUGACGGCCCCGUGUCCGUGAAGGACCAGCUCCUCCCCGGCUGCAGCCUGUCUGUGCCCGCCUCCCUGGCCUCCUCCCUGGCCUCCUGUCCGGCGGCUGAACCAGGACGCGGUAAAAAUAGGGCUCUGAGCGAAAGCAACGACCCCCCGGGAGCCGCCGCCUGGUUGGACACAGAUGUUCCGACAACGAGUGUGAGUCUGAUUGACAUGCGAGACGGAGAGGACCCCCACAGCCAGAGCCGACACGAGCUCAUGCACAACCAGUACAACAUCCUGAAGGAGGACGAGAGCCACUGGCAGGACGACCUGGCGCGGUGGAAGAACCGCAGGAGGAGCGUCUCUCAGGACCUGAUCAAGAAGGAGGAGGAGCGGAAGCAGAUGGAGCAGCUUCUGACCGGAGAGACGGUCGUGCCCCACCGCCGCCGCAGCAUCAAGACCUACCGCGAGAUCGUGGAAGACAAAGAGCGGCGAGAGGAGGAGCUGCGUGUGGCCUACAAAAGCGCCCGCUCUCAGGAGGAGGCGUCGUCCAUCCUGCAGCGGUACGCCCAGCGCUUCUCCAUCAGCGAGGCCAUCCUGGAGCGCCUGCAGCUGCCCAAACUGCUGGACGUGUCCUCGGACCCCGGCUGCCCCUUCCCCCUGUCCCUGUCCCUGUCCCCCACAGAGGCCCCAGACCACACGGGGCCACUACGUUACCUGCGGCAACAGUCGGCCCCCUCGCCCAGGUUCACGUCCACGUUGGAGGCGCGCGUGGAGGAGGCGCGCGUGGAGGAGUACCCCACGGAGCGCGCAACUCACGUGCCUCAGAUCCGGUCGCGGUCGUCAGAACCUCCCGCCUCCAGAGCGCUGUGUCCUAAAGCGGUGCCUUUACUGACGCCCAGGCCUUACAGCAGCUCCACCGACUCAUGGAGCGGCGGCAGCGGUGGCGGCAAGACGGACGGCCUCCUGCGAGUGAACGGGGCCAGUGACGGUCUGCCUUGCACUCCCGACAGCUCCCUGGACUCUCCGGUGUUCCAGCCCUGGACUCCCACCUCCCCCUUCAGCCCUGGGAGCUCCCCCCUCACCCCCAUCACCCCCCUCACACCAGAGUUUCACAGCCCAGUGCUCACCAACCACCAGGGGGAGCCAAAUCACAAAACCAGUGAGGAGUCAGAGCAGCCGAGUCAUCCAAGUUCACUCCCAACUGAGUUGCAGAAACAAGAAGAAAGCUGGAGUACGUCUCUCUCAGACGCCAAACCAGAUCCCAGUUUUGCAGAGUCGUCCAGACCAGAGUCACAGGAGUGGAGGACAGAGUCUGCCCCCGUGUGGAUCGGGAGGUCGUCCUCAGACGCAGCCUCAGAUGAGACCAGGAAGGAUCUCUGCGGAAAUGUGUCUGGUUCAGGACCGUCCCGCUGGUCCUGGGACCAGGAGGAGGAGCAACAGCGUCAGCGGAGGUGGCAGGAGGAGCAGGAGCAGAUGCUGCAGGAGAAGUACCGUGUGGAGCAGGAAAAGCUGAGGCAGGAGUGGGAGCGAGCUCAGAGGGAGGUGGUCGAGGAGGAGCGCAAGUACCACCAGGAGGAGCAGAGGAUCCUGGAGGAGACCACCGCCCCUCUGACCCCUCUGACCACUCUGACCCCUCUGACCCCUGUGAGCCCUGUGAGUCCUGUGCUGCUGGACGCUCUCUCAGAGCUACACACACAGAAAGAGAACAGUGAAGAAUCCAGACGCAGAGACUUCGACCGAACCAGUGACAUCAGCACCGCAGACGACAGCAUGAAGACGGCCAGAAGCUCUCUCAGCCACAGCAGUUUGCAGAACGGUCAGUCUCCUUCAGUUCAAACCAAAGUGUUGUCUCCGCGGCAACAGACGGACAGCAGACAGAGGAGGAGUGGCCCUCUCGAUAAUAGCAGCAGCUCAUCAAAGCCCCCUAAUGCGUCAGACCGUGUGCCUCCGUCCCCAAACAGUCUCUCUCUGCUCUCUGUACCCCUGUGCUCCUGGUUCUCACCCGUGUGUCCCUGUGCUCCUGGUUCUCACCCGUGUGUCCCUGUGUUCCUGGUUCUCACCCGUGUGUCCCUGUGUUCCUGGUUCUCACCCGUGUGUCCCUGUGCUCCUGGUUCUCACCCGUGUGUCCCUGUGCUCCUGGUUCUCACCCGUGUGUCCCUGUGUUCCUGGUUCUCACCCUUGUGUCCCUGUGCUCCUGGUUCUCACCCGUGUGUCCCUGUGCUCCUGGUUCUCACCCGUGUGUCCCUGCUGUGCUCCUGGUUCUCACCCGUGUGUCCCUGUGCUCCUGGUUCUCACCCUUGUGUCCCUGCGCUCCUGGUUCUCACCCUUGUGUCCCUGUGCUCCUGGUUCUCACCCGUGUGUCCCUGUGCUCCUGGUUCUCACCCGUGUGUCCGUGCUGUGCUCCUGGUUCUCACUCGUGUGUCCCUGUGCUCCUGGUUCUCACUCGUGUGUCCCUGUGCUCCUGGUUCUCACCCGUGUGUCCCUGUGCUCCUGGUUCUCACCCGUGUGUCCCUGCUGUGCUCCUGGUUCUCACCCUUGUGUCCCUGUGCUCCUGGUUCUCACCCGUGUGUCCCUGUGCUCCUGGUUCUCACCCGUGUGUCCCUGUGUUCCUGGUUCUCACCCGUGUGUCCCUGUGUUCCUGGUUCUCACCCGUGUGUCCCUGUGCUCCUGGUUCUCACCCGUGUGUCCCUGUGCUCCUGGUUCUCACCCGUGUGUCCCUGUGUUCCUGGUUCUCACCCUUGUGUCCCUGUGCUCCUGGUUCUCACCCGUGUGUCCCUGUGCUCCUGGUUCUCACCCGUGUGUCCCUGCUGUGCUCCUGGUUCUCACCCGUGUGUCCCUGUGCUCCUGGUUCUCACCCUUGUGUCCCUGUGCUCCUGGUUCUCACCCUUGUGUCCCUGUGCUCCUGGUUCUCACCCGUGUGUCCCUGUGCUCCUGGUUCUCACCCGUGUGUCCGUGCUGUGCUCCUGGUUCUCACCCGUGUGUCCCUGUGCUCCUGGUUCUCACUCGUGUGUCCCUGUGCUCCUGGUUCUCACCCGUGUAUCCCUGUGCUCCUGGUUCUCACCCGUGUGUCCCUGCUGUGCUCCUGGUUCUCACCCUUGUGUCCCUGUGCUCCUGGUUCUCACCCGUGUGUCCCUGUGCUCCUGGUUCUCGCCCGUGUGUCCCUGUUUCCUGGUUCUCACCCGUGUGUCCGUGCUGUGCUCCUGGUUCUCACCCGUGUGUCCCUGUGUUCCUGGUUCUCACCCUUGUGUCCCUGUGCUCCUGGUUCUCACCCGUGUGUCCCUGUGCUCCUGGUUCUCACCCGUGUGUCCCUGCUGUGCUCCUGGUUCUCACUCGUGUGUCCCUGUGCUCCUGGUUCUCACCCGUGUGUCCCUGUGCUCCUGGUUCUCACCCGUGUGUCCCUGCUGUGCUCCUGGUUCUCACCCUUGUGUCCCUGUGCUCCUGGUUCUCACCCGUGUGUCCCUGUGCUCCUGGUUCUCGCCCGUGUGUCCCUGUUUCCUGGUUCUCACCCGUGUGUCCGUGCUGUGCUCCUGGUUCUCACCCGUGUGUCCCUGUGUUCCUGGUUCUCACCCUUGUGUCCCUGUGCUCCUGGUUCUCACCCGUGUGUCCCUGUGCUCCUGGUUCUCACCCGUGUGUCCCUGCUGUGCUCCUGGUUCUCACCCGUGUGUCCCUGUGCUCCUGGUUCUCACCCGUGUGUCCCUGUGCUCCUGGUUCUCACCCGUGUGUCCCUGUGCUCCUGGUUCUCACCCGUGUGUCCCUGUGCUCCUGGUUCUCACCCGUGUGUCCCUGUGCUCCUGGUUCUCGCCCGUGUGUCCCUGUUUCCUGGUUCUCACCCGUGUGUCCGUGCUGUGCUCCUGGUUCUCACCCGUGUGUCCCUGUGUUCCUGGUUCUCACCCUUGUGUCCCUGUGCUCCUGGUUCUCACCCUUGUGUCCCUGUGCUCCUGGUUCUCACCCGUGUGUCCCUGUGCUCCUGGUUCUCACCCGUGUGUCCCUGUGUUCCUGGUUCUCACCCGUGUGUCCCUGUGUUCCUGGUUCUCACCCGUGUGUCCCUGUGCUCCUGGUUCUCACCCGUGUGUCCCUGUGCUCCUGGUUCUCACCCGUGUGUCCCUGUGUUCCUGGUUCUCACCCUUGUGUCCCUGUGCUCCUGGUUCUCACCCGUGUGUCCCUGUGCUCCUGGUUCUCACCCGUGUGUCCCUGCUGUGCUCCUGGUUCUCACCCGUGUGUCCCUGUGCUCCUGGUUCUCACCCUUGUGUCCCUGCGCUCCUGGUUCUCACCCUUGUGUCCCUGUGCUCCUGGUUCUCACCCGUGUGUCCCUGUGCUCCUGGUUCUCACCCGUGUGUCCGUGCUGUGCUCCUGGUUCUCACCCGUGUGUCCCUGUGCUCCUGGUUCUCACUCGUGUGUCCCUUUGCUCCUGGUUCUCACCCGUGUGUCCCUGUGCUCCUGGUUCUCACCCGUGUGGUCCCUGCUGUGCUCCUGGUUCUCACCCUUGUGUCCCUGUGCUCCUGGUUCUCACCCGUGUGUCCCUGUGCUCCUGGUUCUCGCCCGUGUGUCCCUGUUUCCUGGUUCUCACCCGUGUGUCCGUGCUGUGCUCCUGGUUCUCACCCGUGUGUCCCUGUGUUCCUGGUUCUCACCCUUGUGUCCCUGUGCUCCUGGUUCUCACCCGUGUGUCCCUGUGCUCCUGGUUCUCACCCGUGUGUCCCUGUGCUCCUGGUUCUCACCCGUGUGUCCCUGUGCUCCUGGUUCUCACCCGUGUGUCCCUGUGCUCCUGGUUCUCACCCGUGUGUCCCUGUGCUCCUGGUUCUCGCCCGUGUGUCCCUGUUUCCUGGUUCUCACCCGUGUGUCCGUACUGUGCUCCUGGUUCUCACCCGUGUGUCCCUGUGUUCCUGGUUCUCACCCUUGUGUCCCUGUGCUCCUGGUUCUCACCCGUGUGUCCCUGUGCUCCUGGUUCUCACCCGUGUGUCCCUGCUGUGCUCCUGGUUCUCACCCUUGUGUCCCUGUGCUCCUGGUUCUCACCCGUGUGUCCCUGUGCUCCUGGUUCUCACCCUUGUGUCCCUGUGCUCCUGGUUCCACCCGUGUGUCCGUGCUGUGCUCCUGUUUCUCACCCGUGUGUCCCUGUGCUCCUGGUUCUCACCCGUGUGUCCCUGUGCUCCUGGUUCUCACCCGUGUGUCCCUGUGCUCCUGGUUCUCACCCGUGUGUCCCUGUGCUCCUGGUUCUCACCCGUGUGUCCCUGCUGUGCUCCUGUUUCUCACCCGUGUGUCCCUGUGCUCCUGGUUCUCACCCGUGUGUCCCUGUGCUCCUGGUUCUCACCCGUGUGUCCCUGUGCUCCUGGUUCUCACCCGUGUGUCCCUGUGCUCCUGGUUCUCACCCGUGUGUCCCUGUGCUCCUGGUUCUCACCCGUGUAUCCCUGUGCUCCUGGUUCUCACCCGUGUGUCCCUGUGCUCCUGGUUCUCACCCGUGUGUCCCUGUGCUCCUGGUUCUCACCCGUGUAUCCCUGUGCUCCUGGUUCUCACCCGUGUGUCCCUGUGCUCCUGGUUCUCACCCGUGUGUCCCUGUGCUCCUGGUUCUCACCCGUGUGUCCCUGUGCUCCUGGUUCUCACCCGUGUGUCCCUGUGCUCCUGGUUCUCACCCGUGUGUCCCUGUGCUCUUGGUGCAGGUCUGUGAGUGGGAAAAAGCUGUGUUCCAGCUGCACUCAGCCUCUGGGGAAAGGAGCCGCCAUGAUCAUCGAGACUCUGAGCCUCUACUUCCACAUCCACUGCUUCAAGUGCGGUGUGUGUAAGGGGCUCUUGGGCGACACCACAACUGGGACCGACGUGCGGAUCCGGAACGGCCUCCUGAACUGCCACCAGUGCUACAUCCGCUCACGCUCGGCCGGACAGCCCACCAUGUUGUGA